AUGGUCCCUCGCGUCCCGCAACCGGGCAUCUGGUGCCCCGCAGUGACCUUCUUCGACCCCAAGACAGACACCCUCGACUUGGCCUCGCAGGAGAGGUACUACGCAUACCUGGCUCGCUCUGGGCUGACCGGUCUUGUCAUUCUCGGAACAAAUGCAGAGGCAUUCCUGCUCACGCGUGAAGAGCGUGCCCAGCUCAUCGCCACAGCCCGUAAAGCCGUGGGGCCAGAUUUCCCCAUCAUGGCCGGCGUAGGCGCCCAUUCAACGCGGCAGGUCCUCGAACACAUCAACGAUGCAUCCACGGCGGGAGCAAACUAUGUGCUUGUCCUGCCGCCUGCAUACUUCGGAAAGGCCACCACUCCUCCGGUGAUAAAAUCAUUCUUUGACGACGUCUCCUGCCAAUCGCCGCUUCCGGUGGUGAUCUAUAACUUUCCAGGCGUGUGCAACGGAAUCGAUCUGGAUUCGGAUAUGAUCACGACCAUCGCGAGGAAGAACCCCGACGUCGUCGGCGUGAAACUCACCUGUGCCAGCGUGGGCAAGAUCACGCGGCUCGCAGCGACACUGCCACCAGCAGAAUUCUCUGUCUUUGGUGGGCAGUCCGAUUUCUUGAUCGGUGGGUUGAGCGUGGGUUCAGCGGGAUGCAUUGCCGCGUUUGCAAAUGUAUUCCCAAAGACUGUUUCCAAGAUAUAUGAGCUGUAUAAAGCCGGAAAGGUGGACCAGGCGAUGGAGUUGCAUCGCAAGGCUGCGUUAGCGGAGUCGCCGUGUAAAUCUGGGAUUGCCACAACGAAGUACGCAGCUGCGAUCUUUUCAGCAAAAGCGGCUGGGAUUGAAGAUGCGGAGGAAAAGUUGCGACCACGCAAGCCCUAUGAUCCACCGAGUGAAGCGGCAAAGCAGGAAGUGAGAAAGGUGAUGGCCGAAGUUGCGGCGAUAGAGGCAGGCUUAUCCUAA